AUGAACAUUUUGAAAACUAUGGAAUGUUUAGGAGAAGAUGUUUUGUUCGCGAUAUUUUCGUUUUUAGAUGUUAGGGCUUUAUGCUGCGCGAGUCAAGUUUGUCAGCAAUGGAAUCGAAUCUCGAAUUCGAACUUUCUUUGGAGAUCACACGUUAUCCAGCUCUGCACAAAACGCAAGAUCUCAGCUCAUCUGGGCAGAGCUGAAAACUGGAAAGUACGCUAUGUGCAACUUUCUACUGGACGACUAUAUCCUCGUUCUUCGUCGAAGACGGAAAAGAAAUUAAACUUCGAUACUUUGAUUGUUAAUCUAUUUCCUGUAGAGACAGGAAAAUUCGUCCUGUUAACGGUCAAGAAACGGCUUCCAAUUCGUGAUUUUGUUGAAAGCCACGGGCACAAGUAUGUGACUGGGAAAGCAUUUUAUCAGCACACGAAAAGCGAGACGAUUAGCGUGAAAAAGAAAAUUUUGCUUCAAGAAAAACUCAGUGGCCAACUUUUUGAAGGAAAUGCUGUUAGAGAGAUGCUGGGUCUGAACAAGGAAACACCAGAUUGGAAUAUACAUCCGUCCAAUUUUGAUAGACGCAUUGCAGAGUUUUACAGAGUGUUUGUUCAGAGCACUUCAGUAAAUCGCGCGUUAAUAUCCAAUACGCUGCUACUUUAUGAAAUUAAAUAA